AAACCUUUUUAUUUCAUCACAGUGGUGGAAAUGGGUUUCCAAAGGUUUAUAAUUCUGCAAACAUUUUGUUUCAGACAGCACCUGAAUGUACCAUCCCGACCUGAGCCCUGGAACGCGCUCCCGACGUUUACGUGGGUACUCCUCCUCAACUAUACUGUACGUGCGCGCACCCGUCUGUCGCGUGGUGGGGAUCAUCCAUAUUGCUGCUAGUGGAGCUGAUAAGGUUGUAAUCCUGAGAGGCCGUCGGGCGCGUUUCUUCACGGUUUCCCCGUGUUUUCUUCUCGGUGCUGACCGCUCCGCAUCCCGGGCCGAAGCGCCUUGGCUCUCGGAGCGACGGAGGAGCAGCAGGCCCCGCGGAGCAACUUCACACUUCCCCGAAAUUGAAGGCGGAUUCGGACUAGUAAGAGAGAGAGAGAGGAGGGGGGGAAGGAAGGGGCCGUUAAGUCCUGAGAAAGGGGAAAAGAAAGACGGCGGAGGGGAAAUGGCCACUCAGGUGGAGGCCCUCCUACCCGGCAACCCGCUCGCAAAGGCGGAGGAGCACGGGAAAGUGAUCCGCGGCGAGCCGGUAGAAGUGGGAGAGGAGGAGGAAGAGGAGGAGCAACAGCGGGCCAAGCGGCAGCGAGGUGCCGCCGACAGCAGCGCCGAGAUGGGAGGGACCACCGGCGGCGAGGAGCAGACCUCCACACGGGCGGCGGAGCUCCAGGAGGACGGCUGUGACAGCGAGGACAAGCCGGGAGAGGAAGAGGGUAAAGGCAGGAAGGACUUUCCGGACGCUCCCCCGCCCAAGGUGAACCCGUGGACCAGGAAAAUGAACGUGGUGACCGUGGUCAGCGUGAACGGACAGCCACACUCCGAGUCGAGCGGCCCGGCCAAAGUGGUCAGAGCGGGGAAUCCACCCAAAGCCAGGCGAGGAGGAAAGGUUGGAGAUUUUGGCGACACCAACAGCUGGCCGACUCCAGGAGAGAUCGCAACGAAAGACAUGCAGAUGGAGGCAGUGGGACAGAGCGCCUCCGACCCGCCGCCUCUCAGGCCGGUCAGAGACUCGUGGAGAAUCGCUGGUCCCAAAAGGUCGGCGGCUAAGAAGGAGCCAAAGGACAAGAGGGAGAGCAACGAGGAGAGCAAGGAGAACCUGAAGGCCAAAUCCGACGACUCGGGAGAGGAGAAGAACGGCGACGACGACCCGCAGAAGAACGGGCCAAAGAAAAAAGGAAACAAGCAGAAGUGGCUUCCUCUGAUGAUCGACGUGAAGCCUGAAGGGCCGCGGGAACGCUCGGCGUCCCGCAACAACAGCCGGCAGAACGAGCAGCCGCGGCUGGCGCCCAACGCCCGGAACGACCUCAGAGAUUGGCACAGUCAGAAGUACGAGCGGGAGUGGCGCGACGACCACGACGAGGUUUCCAGCGUGAAGAGCGAGGGGGCGCCGUUCCGCGGAGGGUUCAGAGGUCGCGGGCGGGGCCGAGGAAGGGGGCGGGGCCGAGGCGGCGGCAGAGGUAACCAUGACUACCAUUACGGAUACAAGGCGUUCGAGGGGAAAGACGCGCCGUACGGCCAGAAGUUCAGCAGCUCGGUCACGUAUUACUACGACAACCUGAGCAGCAGCGAGCUGUACGCCGCCGACCAGGAGCUGCUGAAGGAUUACAUCAAGAGGCAGAUAGAAUAUUACUUCAGCCUGGAAAACCUGCAGCGGGAUUUCUUCCUGCGCAGGAAGAUGGACGCCGACGGCUUCCUCCCGGUCGGACUCAUCGCCGGCUUCCACAGAGUUCAGGCGCUCACCACCGACGUCUCGCUCAUCCUGGAGGCUCUGAAGGACAGUAAAGAAGUGGAGGUGAUCGACAUGAAAAUUCGCCGGAAGGACGAUCCCGGGCGGUGGCCUCUUCCGGGCCUGAUGGCGCCGAACCACACGGACUUUUCCCAGCUCAUCAACUGUCCUGAGUUUGUUCCCAGGCAGAUGGCAGAGGAGUUCAGAGGAUCGUCCAGAUCUUCCACUCCGGUGCACCAGCAGACCAAACCCGACGGAGACGUGUCCAACCUGAAGACGAUGCCCAAAGGCCUCUCAGCCAGCCUGCCCGACCUCGACUCCGAGUCCUGGAUCGAGGUGAAGAAGAGACCCAGAGCUUCGCCCGCCAGACCCAAGGCGCCCUCGCUGCAGCAGAGGGAGAAAGACGAUUUGCUGCGAUCGCCGCUGCCGCCGUCCAGCUCCUCGCCGGCGCCGCUGGCUGCUGGAAACAAGGACGGCGCCGAGCCGGACGAGCCGGAGGAGCUGGACUUCAUGUUCGACGAGGAGAUGGAGCAGAUGGACGGCCGGCGCAACACCUUCACCGAUUGGUCGGACGAGGACUCGGACUGCGAGCUGGACGACCACGACGUCAACAAGAUCCUCAUCGUCACGCAGACGCCGCCGUACCUGCGGAAGCACCCGGGCGGCGACCGCACCGGCCACCACACGUCGCGCGCCAAGCUGACCAGCGAGCUGGCCAAGGUCAUCAACGACGGCCUCUUCUACUACGAGCAGGACCUGUGGGACGACAAGUACGAGCCGGAGUACGCCACCAUCAAGCAAGAGGUGGAAAACUUUAAGAAGGUUCAUCUGAUCAGCCGUGAACAGUUCGACUGCCUGACCCCUGAACCCCCGGUUGACCCCAACCAGGAAGUGCCGCCGGGGCCGCCCCGCCCCCAGCAGAUCCCCACAGACGCUCUGGCAAACAAACUGUUUGGCGUUCCCGAUCCGUCCUCCACGGCGCGCUCGCUGCCCACCGCCGUGCCCGAGUCUCCGAACUACCGCAGCGCCCGCACGCCCCGCACACCGCGCACGCCCCACAGGAAGGACGCCGCCAUGACGCCGCGCUUCUACCCGGUGGUGAAGGAGAGCCGGCCGGUCGACGCCAAGACGCCGAGGAAGAGGAAGACCCGACACAGCUCCAACCCGCCUCUGGAGUGCCACGUGGGCUGGGUGAUGGACUCCAGGGAGCACCGCUCGCGCACCGCCUCCGUCAGCUCCAACGCCAGCCCGUCUGAAGGGACCCCCGCCCUCGGUGGUGUCGGCUGCACGCCGCAGUCCCUGCCGAAGUUCCAGCACCCGUCACACGAGCUGCUGAAGGAGAACGGCUUCACGCAACACGUCUACCACAAGUACCGCCGGCGCUGCCUGAACGAGAGGAAGCGGCUGGGAAUCGGCCAAUCGCAGGAGAUGAACACGCUGUUCCGGUUCUGGUCGUUCUUCCUGCGGGAUCACUUCAACAGGAAGAUGUACGAGGAGUUCAGGCAGCUGGUGGUGGAGGACGGCAGGGAGGGCUACAGGUACGGUUUGGAGUGCCUGUUCCGGUACUACAGCUACGGGCUGGAGAGGAAGUUCAGACCCGACAUCUUCAAGGACUUCCAGGAGGAAACCAUGAAAGAUUACGAAGCAGGUCAGCUCUACGGCCUGGAGAAGUUCUGGGCUUUCCUCAAAUACUCCAAAUCCAAGAACCUGGAGAUCGAACCCAAACUGCAGCAAUGCCUGAGCAAGUUCAAACGCCUGGAGGACUUCAGGAUCGACCCUCCGAUGGACGACGGCGGACGCAGGAGACACCCGUCCAGCGGAGACGGCCGGCGCCGCCACCCGUCCCAGUCCUCCAGCCGGCCCCACAGCCAGGCCGGCGCCGCCGCCCCUCCCACACCCGUUGCUGCUGCUGCUGGCUCCUCAGCCAAAGACGUUGCCAAACCCUCCAACCAGAACCAGAGAGCCGCUGCAGAACCAGACGCUAAAACACUGAAGUAACUGCGGCACGGUUCUGCAUGGACCGAGCCGAGCGGGUCCGCCUGGCGCCGGAGGGGAGGAGCGUUUCAUUCGUUCACCUGAUCAGUUUCAGAAAAAAAAACUGUUGAGUUUGAUUUCUCUCGAGAGGUUUAAAUUUGUGGAUAAAUCACUGAAGAACAAGUUCCCCCCCACCGCUCCGUCUGGAAGGUUCUGACUCCUCGUCCCGGACCGGAUCGGACCAGACCGGUUCCUCAGAUGAAUCUGACUCGGCCAGAUAAAAGCAGAGACUCGGUGCGUCAGGCUGUGAACGUUGCCUUAUUUUGAUGGAUUUUCUGUGGCCUCCUCGCUGUUGCCAUGGUUACCACGGUGGCCUGUUCCAGCAGUGGCCACCAGGUGGUGCUGCCGGGUUUCCCAUCCGUCUGAACCGUCUUCCUUCUGUUACUGAGAUUUAAAAAACAAACCAACUCAAGUGAGAAUUAAAGAUGGCCGCCUUCUGGCUCCUCCUUCUUCCAGUUGCCAGCAACGCUAAUCCACCGGAACCGGAACCGGACCCGGAUCCGAUGAUGUCGUCGUGUAAACAUGAACAGAUAAAGAUCAGCAGAUUCUAUAUUUUCUGUGUCUUUAACUCUUUCUUUUAAAUUUCUUUUGUUUAAUUUGCUCUGCUUUGGUUAGAACUGAGGAAUUUUAACACAAAAGGGAAAAUUGACUUUUUGUGAUCAAAUCUGAUUAUUUUUAGUUCCAAUGUCAAAAUGGGUAAAAAUAACAGCAAGGCGGACUAAUUAUUAAAUCUGUUUAGGUCAUUUCUGUCUGGGAAAUUCUUUAACAAAAAGUUGAGCUUUGAAUUAGAUAUUUCUACAUUUUUGUGAGAAACUUGAGAGAAACAUAAAAUGUUGACAAAAGGAGCAAAUUAAUAAAUUAGAUUAUGAUCUUUAUGUCGGUAAUGUGAUUCUAACAGUCCAGAUUCAGAACCUGCAGUGACACAGCUUAACUUUUUGUGACUCUCAGAAAUUUUAAGCUUCUAUUAGAACUAUUUUAAAUUAGCGAGUUAAAAAAGACCAUUUUAAAUUUUGAUGUGAAUUUUGUCUCCAUUCACUGAAUAAACAGUCCAGACUCCUCAAACUGUAGAGGAAAAAUAUAAAUUUACUUCCCAAUCAAAAGACGAUUCUCCACAAUUCUCAGAAUUAUUUUUUUUAUCUGCUGCACUUUUUUCUUCCACACAACUUUCCAUCAACAUGCUUGCAUACAGCAAUCAGAAUUGUUUUUAAUUUGUCUUUAAAUUUCCUGAGAAGCUGAAUUUUUAAAUUUUUUGUUUUGGUCGUGACCUUUGACAUUAACCGGAUUAAACAGCUGAAUUUCCCUGUUUGUGUUGAAGCUGGAAAAAGCUGAGUGACUCUGUCCUGAUUGGCUGCUUCCUGGUGAUGAAGGUCAUUCUGAAGGUCACGUUUGGCCGCGAUGGUUUUUUUUUUUUGUUUGUUUGUUUUUUCCCCAAUCUGCUUUGGACGUAAAAAUGGAAAAUCUUCCUCAGCUCAUCCUCUUCCUCAGAGCCUCCCGCUAAUGUGACGGGAAGAAUCCAUCUGCUGCUGGCUGCUGGCGGACACCAGGGGGCGCCACACGAUGGGCGCCACACGAUGGGCGCCGCCAGGGGGCGACACCAGGGGGGCACCACCAGGGGGGCGCCGCCCGCACAGGCAGGUGUGAGAACAGAAAGACUUGAGAUCCGGAUGGAAAACUUGGCUGCUUAUGAGAUUGAAAAGGACAAAAGUUUCCAUGAAGCCAUAAGAA